CUGACGCUCGCCUGAUAAAAGGAAUUGCUCUGCGCGGCAGCUUCGCAAUUCAUUGUCGUUUAUACGCUAGUCUGGAAGUUAAGUUCAAGUUCGCAAAAGUUAACGGAAAAACAAUCUUGUGAACGGACGGUUUGUGUUGAGGCGCGAGUUCUGUUGUCGUCAACAUUCGAGGCGUGUAUUUGUAUAAGAAUGGAAACAUUUGCCCAAAUCUGUGUUCGAUUAUUGCUGCUUUCGCAUGUGUUCUUGGUCAGUGAAAGUGUGAAUAGUGAAAUAAACGUCGGAAGUGUGCGCCGCAAUGCUGUUGAACAUUUAAAUUUAUCUAAGGCGGAUAUAAUGGAUAACGGUAUUCCACAUCGUACAGAAACGUAUCCAUACGCUACCGAUGCUAAAUCUUUAGCUUCGCCUGAUGAGGUUGGCGCUUCCCAACAACAACGCGGUUUAGUCACACACAGUGAUGAGUAUGUGGCGCGCAAUCAGCGUCGUUGUUUCGAGAAACGCAGCUUGGUGUCCUGCAUUAAAUAUAAAGCCUCGAAAAUUGUUUGGAUGUUGGCGACAAAUAGUCUUGGUUACUUUCCCAAUGAGUAUAGCCGUGAGUUGGUGGAGGAUCAACGUCGCAUACGAAUCAUACAGCUAGGCGAACCAGCGGAUAUUGUGGUGUUUAGCGACGCGAGGAGUUUACAAGGCGACAGCGAAUUUGUGAGCAUAUUGAAGUUUUUCAAACGCGCAACAGAAACCUUUGGCCGCAAUCAUGGCAUCCAAGUGAAGCUAUCCAGCGAAACAGGCGCCCGCAUAGUUGACGCUGAAGUUGUUGGGCGUACCAGGCAUGAUCGAAAACGCCGCAAAUGGCUUAUCAUACUGCCACUUAUCAUUCUCUUGAAGAUCGCCCACCUCAAGAUGACCGUCGUUACAUUAUUGCUGGGCGUACUUGGCUUGAAUGUGUUGCUGGUGGGCGGCGUCGCCUGGCUAAUACAUUAUCUGAAAUUCAAGACCUUAUGUAAAAUACAUCCACAUUUAGUGCAAUCGCAUUCACAUGUCUACGACUCCGAUCCGGCUGAUUAUUCCUCAUUCAUUGGCAGUAGCUUUCCUGGCUCCUAUUAUAGCGGUGCUGGUGGCGGUGGUCAUGAAAUUAACGGAAAAGACUGGGCCACAAGCAAGGCAUACCAUGGCCACAAUUAUUUGGACACCAUCAGUAAGCGGCUGAAAUAGCUGAAAAUGUUGUCAUGGCGUUAUUUGCUAAGCAUUUGGCGAAAGUAUUAUGUGCGUUAUUAUCGGUUUUAUGCACAAGUAUUCGGUAAUUUGGGGUAAGCAUGUAAGCGAAGCCAAUUUGUUCGAUACAUGUUGGAUAUAAAACUAUAGUCAGAUUAUGUUUAAUUAUAUUUUAAUUUUAUUUAGCAUUAGUAGCCACUUAGAAUUUAGACCAAAUGCAUUGGUUUCCACAAUAGAAGUUUAG